UUUCUUUUCGGGCCACUUGAGCCAGGCUCAGGGAAGUCCCAAAUCGUGGAAGCAGAGGGGAGUGAUGUUAUUUUUUCGAGUGACUUUUAGGUACCAGAAACUGACUUGUUGAAUAGUUUGGAAAGACUAAAUAUCGCACUUCUUGCUUAUUUCAUGCACUAUCACUGGUGAUCGUUAACAUUUGGCACAGUUUACAGGGUGGCCGACUCUCCCUGGUUUGCCCGAGACUCCCGAUUUUAGCACUAGACGUCCUGUGUCCGGGGAAUACCCUUCUCCCUCAGCCCUGGGCAAAUACUGAAGUUGGUCACCUCGUUCGUCCACUCUUCAACUUGGAAUUAGGACGCUGGUCGUAAGUCGAAGACGGAGGCUGCAAACCCGUACAGCUGAUUCGAGCCUUUGACCUGGAAGAGACAGCCUAAGACUGUCAGAGAUAGCUAACUUAGAGAAAGAGGACAUGGUGUCACCAUCGGGCAGGGGAAGGAUCAGCAGCUUUCGAAAACACAGUUUUGCGUGCAGGAUAACCUCGUGGUCAGGAGCGAGGUCUGGGUUCUCACUGCUGCGGAUCAAACAUGACUCUGCUGUCACGAGUUGUGUGAUCUUGGGAAAGUCACUCUAUGUCUCUGUGCCCACGUAUCCUGAGUCAGAAAACGCUUUUCCUUCCGUCCAGAGCCAGAUCCUUAUUGUCAAGCUAAGUACACUUUCUGUCCAACUGGCUCACCUAUCCCAGUUAUGAAGGGUGAUGAUGUCAUUGAAGUCUUUCGAUUACAAGCCCCAGUAUGGGAAUUUAAAUAUGGAGACCUCCUGGGACACUUGAAGAUUAUGCAUGACGCCAUUGGAUUCAGGAGUACGUUAACUGGCAAGAACUACACAAUGGAAUGGUAUGAACUUUUCCAGCUUGGCAACUGCACAUUUCCCCAUCUCCGACCUGAAAUGGAUGUCCCUUUCUGGUGUAAUCAAGGAGCUGCCUGUUUUUUUGAAGGAAUUGAUGAUAUUCACUGGAAGGACAAUGGGACGUUAGUUCUAGUAGCGACUAUAUCAGGAAACAUGUUUAACAAAAUGGCAAAGUGGGUGAAACAGGACAAUGAAACAGGGAUUUAUUAUGAGACAUGGACUGUUCAAGCCAGCCCAGAAAAAGAAGCAGAGACCUGGUUUGAAUCCUAUGACUGUUCCAAAUUUGUAUUAAGGACAUAUGAGAAGUUGGCUGAACUCGGAGCACCAUUUAAGAAGAUAGAAACCAACUAUACAAGAAUAUUUCUUUACAGUGGAGAGCCUACUUAUUUGGGAAAUGAAACAUCUGUUUUUGGGCCAACAGGAAACAAGACUCUUGCUUUAGCCAUAAGAAGAUUUUAUUACCCCUUCAAACCGUAUUUGUCAACUAAAGAAUUCCUGUUGAGUCUCUUGCGAAUUUUUGAUGUAGUGAUUAUGCACAGACAGUUCUACUUGUUUUAUAAUUUUGAAUAUUGGUUUUUACCUAUGAAAUUCCCUUUUAUUAAAAUAACGUAUGAAGAAAUCCCUUUACCUAACAGAAACAAAACGUUCCCUGGUUUCUAAAACGUUAGGGCUGGCUAGUUAGCUCAGUUGGUUAGAACACAGUGUUAUAACACCAA